GAUGCAUCCACACUCCAAUCUGUGAGACAGCCCGACAACGUGGCUGAAGGCAAAGAGAACAGUGUCUUCAAAGCAACCUCUCAGUCAACUUGACUCAAAGGAGCUCUGCUCUCUCUGAAUCGCUGAACGAGCUACUAUGAUGACAACAAGCGGUUCUUUUGAAUGGAAUAAGAGGGGAAAAUAAUGAUCUGGUCAGACAAGAAGGUACAGGACCUGUUGAUGAGCAGAAAAAAAGCACUCUGGAGUGAAAGUCCAUCUGCUUCAAGUUUUAGGAGAACAUCUCUAGAAGCUGGAAAUUAAAUCAGAUCAUCCAACAACGUAGUUCUUUCAGAAACAAGCACUGUCCAGUGGAUGUCCAUCUGCUCUAACUUUGUUGAGAACAUCUCUGGAAGCUGGAAGGAAAACCUGAUAUUCCAACACUGCAGUUCUUUUUGGUCACUGUCUGGAGACAUGAGAAGAGACAGGUUACUGGUGGCCGUCACUUUGGUCACCCUCUUGGCAGCUGACAUCCAUUUUGUUCUUCUUCCCAGACUGAAAACCUGGUAUUACCUGCCCAGAGAAAACUGCGCAUGCUGGGAUGCUAAUGGCACAAUAGGUAAUGGAGGUACGGUAACUGAACUAUUGAUGUUGAACCAGAAUUCCACCCGGGUUUCCACAGAGCACAGCUCCAAACUGGAUCGAUUGUUCAUACACCCGCUGUACAACAUCCAUCUUCCAGAGCUGGGGCCCGAUGAGCUGCUACUGCAGCAUGAGGAGCUCAUGAGUUACUACAAGAGGAAAGUGAGCCGCUGGGAGAGACUGAAAAAGUUCUACAUUGAGGCGGCUGCUGCUUCAAACAUCACUAUACCUGUUCACCCCAUGACCUUUGACUCUGAAGCCAGUUGGGUGCAAUUUCACCUAGGGAUCAACCGCUAUGCACUGUACUCAAGAGAUGACAACAGCAUAGACAGACUGCUGCAGGAUAUGCAGAUGGCCACUAUCAUCAGUGCAGAUUACACUCAGGAUGAGAAAGCAUUAAAGGGUGCAUGUGACUGCUCUCAAGUGGUUAAGCCAAGUGGUCUUCAUCUGAAGUUGGCACUGAAGCUCCAAGACUUUGGCAAAGCUAUGUUUAAACCAAUGAGACAGGAGCGACACGAAGAGACACCAGAGAACUUCUUCUAUUUUGUUGACUUUCAGAGACACAAUGCUGAGAUUGCAGCUUUCCAUCUUGACAGAGUACUGGACUUUAGAAGAGUUCCUCCGGUGUCUGGGAGAUUCGUCAAUGUGACCGGUGAAAUCUUGUACAUAACUCACAAUGAUGACCUGCGCAAUGUUUUCUUCACCUCUCCAGCCAACAACACAUGUUUCUUCGCUAAGUGUUUAUAUGUGUGCAAGUCGGAGUAUGCAGUGUGUGGUCACCCUGAUCUUCUAGAGGGAUCAAUGUCUGCCUAUUUACCAGGCCUGAGCAUUGCUCCCCGUAUCUCAAUCCCUAAUCCCUGGAUACGAUCCUACAGUUUCACUGGGAGAGAGGAGUGGGAGGUCAACCCAUUAUACUGUGAAACAAUUAAAAAACUUUAUCCCUACAGUUCUGGAAACAGACUUCUCAACAUUAUUGACAUGGCAAUAUUUGACUAUCUCAUAGGAAACAUGGACAGGCACCACUAUGAAAUUUUCACCAAGUUUGGGGAUGAUGGUUUCCUGCUACAUUUGGACAACGCGAGAGGAUUUGGACGAUAUUCCCAUGAUGAGAUUUCCAUUCUCGCACCCUUGACCCAAUGUUGCAUGAUCAAGCGCUCUACGCUGUUGAGACUGAAGCUUUUGGCAAGUUCUGAGUACCGCCUGAGUGAUGUCAUGAGGGAGUCCCUCUCCCGAGACCCUCUUACACCAGUUUUGACUGAGCCUCACCUGCAGGCCCUGGACCGCCGGUUGAAACAGGUGCUUUGGACAGUAGAAAGGUGUGUGAAGAAGCUGGGAGAAGCUCAGGUUUUGGUCACAGAUUUUGUGGAAUCCACGAGAGGAACUACUAUCCACCCAGGAGGAAAUAACAGGUGACAGAGCGAGAAGGACUAGAGUUAGGAUUCGAGGAAAUAACUGGAAUUGACAGUGUCCAUGAUUGUUUUUAAAGGGGCUGUAGUUCGCUUUACUAACUUCCACCAAACUUAAGGUGUGGCAGAAACUGUAUGGAAUGAGAUGGGUCACUGGUAUACUUAAGUAUGGCAGAAAUUGUAAUGCUUAAUAUGCCAUCUUUAUGAAUAGAAGUGCCACCUUACAGUUAGUAAAGCCAAUCGCCUAUUUGAUAGAGACCUCGUCAGUUUUCAUAGAGAAUGUUCUGGCACAUUAAAGAAAUAAUUCACCCAAAAUUGAAAAUUCCCUCAUCAUUUUCUCAAGCCAUCCAAGAUGUGUGUGACUAUUUAUUCUGCAGAAUGAAAAUUUUUAGAAGAAUAUUUCAUCUCUGUAGGUCCAUACAAUUCAAGUGAAUGGUGGCCAAAAGCACCAAAAAUCACAUAAAGGAAGCAUAAAAGCAAUAUGAUAGGUUUGAGUGAUAAAUAUUUAAGUCCUUUUUUUUUUAUCUAUAAAUCUCCACUUUCACUUUCUUUCACAUUCUGAAAGUGACAGUGGAGAUUUAUAGUACAAAAAGAAUUGAAAUAUUGAUCUGUUUCUCACCCAAAGUGACACAUCGCUUCAGAAGACAUAUUUAACCACUGGAGUCUUACGGAUUGCUUUGAUGCUGCCUUUAUGUGAUAUUUGGGGCUUCAAAGUUCUGGCCAGCAUUCACUUGCAUUGUAUUGACCUACAGAGAUAUUCUUCUAAAAAUCUUUGUUUGUGUUCAGCAGAAGAAAGUCAGUCAUACACAUCUGGGAUGGCAUGAGGGUGAGUAAAUGAUGAGAGAAUUUUCAUUUUUGGGUAAACUAUCCCUUUAAAGCCUAGGUCUGUCACAGAGACAGUUGUAAUUUCUCAGGAUUUUCUAUUUCAGUGAUAUCUGUCAGAUAUUACAGACAUUUUCUUUAUUCUAUUCCAUUAAAAAUAUUUUACAGCACCUCUAAGUGGUUACAACGAGCAUGUGCCUUUGAUUUUGUUUUUUGGGAUUAGAUGGUUAAUUGACUUCAUAGCCAAAAAGACUGCAGUCAGUUGGAAAAGCUGCUAGUCGAAUUAAAAACCUUGAGCCAGACAGAUGAUGCUUUGGCUGGAGACUGAUAAGAUCUUAAGAUCACCUCACAUCAGCAAACACACCAUUUAUGUGGUACUUUAAAUGCACAGUGAAAAGCAUUUCCUCUGAUUAUCUGUUCCUUUUUUGUAAGUACAUCUUUGUACAAACAAGUAUAAGUGGUGACUGAGCCUUUAUGAUGCUCUAGGACACAAAUAGGAUACAUGAACACAGAGGUAGAGAGAGAGAGAGAUAGAGAGAGAGACUGUGGCAAUAUCUACAGGAUCAAAAAAGAUACUAUGGCUCAUUUUCCAGACAGAUCACAAGCGUAUAAUCCUUGGCUGUCUCAUCUGGGCAUACUUAACUGGCUGUCAAUGAAAUCUUACACAAUGAACAAAACCAAAUCAUUUGAAGUGUCUAAACACAAUGUGAAGCUUUGUUGCAACAGGUGGGUCACCACACUUUUCAAUGUUGUGCUGUAGGUUGGAGCAAGCUUCAACACAUCUCCAUUACUGUCUGUCUAAGCAAGCAAAAAUAGCUUAAGGUCUGUGGAAAAAAAUUAAAUACAAAUCAAGUGCUUAAAUUAUUCCUUUCUGUAAAGUCAAGUGAAACAGAAGCCUGGCUUUAGUCAGACCUCACACUGAAUUUGGAAUUGAUGUAUGUACAUAAUCAAAAAAUAAAUAAAUAAAACUGCUAAACAA